AUGGGACUUCGCUUUCAAGUUUUCCUCAUCGCCCGAAUGUCCACUCGCAAGGGGAGGGCUGGGCACUAUCGGUGUGCAGGGGCUUUUUACCACCAGCACUGUCACGACACCUUGUCUCUCCGUGCGCUGCACCGAUUCUUUCAACUCCUCCGAGUGGAUGAGAAUGCAGCGCUGGUGCGGGAUGAACUCCGCAGCUUCGACGACCAUCUCGGCUUCGACGAAAAACACCUCAAUCUUGCUAUUCCCUGUCCCUACACGGUAUCACUCUUGUCCGUCGCGUGGACGACAGAUCUCGAGUAUCAAGCGUACCUGAGCAACUAUUCGUUUCAGAACGGAUUGGUAGAUGCA